AUGGCUGAAACGUCCGAGCCGGCGCCGGUGCACUGCUACACCAAUCCCUCGUUUUGUCGACAAUCGGAAUACAUUCCGGACGAUCGGACCGGCGACCUGCCGCCGCCGCCGCAGUUUCAAACCAACGACGAAUUACCGCCGCCCCCGCCGCCGUUGCAAUUGCAAUUGCAGUGCAACGGGGGCCAAAGUAACCUCGCGUUUCAAGGCCCGAUCGAGGGCGGCGUGGUCGAGAACGGCGAGAUCCGAGACAGAUAUUGCUACCUGGACGAGAACAGAGGUACCGCGCAUCGAAGGUAUGGAAGCCUUCCGGUGGAUGAACGCCCCGCGAUCUACAAUCGAAGUUCAAGGUACGAGUACAUACAGGACGAGCCGAACAACCAGAUACAGAGGAAGGGCUCCUCGAGGUACGAGUUCAUUCCGCGCCAGCAGGUGCAACAACGUUCCGCAACGGCGGCCAACCAAGACGACGGCCGGGAGCCGCAGAUGCAAAUAUGCCGGAACAACGCUAGAAGAUACGCCGUGAUACCGGGUGAUCAGGAUUACCACGACGAGGAAACCGCUUGGAACGCCGUGAAACACGUCUCCCCUGUAAGGAGACACAUCAACACGCCACAGGGUCGUUACAGCAGAGUGCCUCUGCAAGAAGAGGACCCACCGGACCUUCCGGACCGAAAUUUCCACGAAUUCGCGAUUUCCGCGAGAAACAAUUUGGCCACGCAAAAGCUGCACGAAAUAUUGACGACACCGAGGAAGCCGCGUUCCAGGUCUGAGGAGAGGACCCUGUCUCCAAAGAGACAGCAGUCCUUCAAUCAAACCGGUACGCCACAAAGAAACGUACUCACGCCAGGUGGUUCUCCAACCGGUCGAGCGUUCAGUCCUAAACGCACCACGCCUCAAGGAACACCCCCAAGUCGGGCGUUCUCCCCGACCAGGCCGCAAACCUCCACCCCCAACAAAGAAUCGUCGGCCCGGAGGUGUUUACCGCUGCUGGAGAACUCAUCCCGACAACAGGACGUCUGUCCAGCCAGCAACUGCGGGAGACUCCGUUACGUCGGCACGGCUCCGGUCGACCUUGUGUCAAUGGGUCACGGCGAGCCCCCACCUCGUUACGCAUACAUGGAAAACGGGCCAGAGUCUCUGCCGAUGGUAUCCGGUUCGCCGAGGUAUCAAGUAAUACCCGCGGGACAGAAAAGGAACGGCUACCAAAGCGUAGAAAGUGCGUUCAUCGCUAGGACUGCAGUGGUCCCGCCAUUGUCGCCGCCGCACAGCGACGCAAACACCACGUUGGCCAGCGGUUUGGAGAAGAAUGAAAGGAGAAACGCGCCGCUUCUGCUGAUCCUCGUUGGUAUCCUGACCUGCGGCUUGGCACUGUAUUUGUCUUGGACCCAAGGAAGACGGUACUAUUACGACAGCGCAACAGGUUGUGGAGCCUGUUGCACGUUGGCGGGAGCUUGCAGGACGUUGAGAAGGACGUGGACCGGACUUGGCCUCGCGGGACUCUCAGCGUUGAGUUGUGCAGGACUUUUCUUACUGGCUGCCAAAUCGCCUAAAGCCGGGACCCCGUUACACGACGUCACUGCUGGCGCUUUGUGCGGCGUUUCUCUGCUGGGUGCUGUCCUAGCGUUGUUGGCGCUUCUAGCACCGAAAUGCAAUUUGGGACGACACCGGAGGGUGCACUCUUGGAUACCUCGUCUUUCGCCUUGA